AUGACGCUGCACGCGUUUUCUUUAUCCCGCGCCGCCCCAACCCCCGCGCGGCCCCUACGCCCCCGCCGCCCCGCCCCCGAGCCGUCGGCGCGCCGCCCCCGCACCGCGCCGCCGGCCCGCCGCCCCCGAGCGGCCCCCGCGCUGCCGACCUCGCCUCAUCUCCACUCCCGCCGCCUCGCUCUUCCUACUCCCCGACCCGCCACCCUCUCCGCCCAAGCUGCCACCCACCUGCGCAAGGCCGGGGCUGGGCGUCUCCAGCAGCUCCAUGCCGCCUCCUGCUGCAACAAUUCCGCUCCGGCCGCAGGAACCAGUGGAGGAAGCGCUACCGGCGCGAAGGAUUGGCGGUUCUUCUUGGCAUGGUAUUUGAUGUCGCUUGAUAAGAAUCCGAUUGCAACUAAGGCGGUCACUGCUGCUGUGCUAACUCUGGCCGGGGACCUCAUCUGCCAGCUACGCCCGCCACCGGAUUCAGACAUGGGAGAAGGUGGAGAAGAGAAAUCAUUCAAUUUCCUACAGGUUUUGCUUGAGGGCAGCAUAGCUGGAGGAACCGCUGGUGUUGUGGUUGAACAGCACUGUACCCAAUUGACACAAUAAAAACCAGGCUUCAGGCUGCUCGAGGUGGAAGCCAAAUUGAAUGGAAAGGCCUCUAUUCUGGAUUAGCUGGAAAUCUUGCUGGUGUUCUCCCGGCUUCUGCGAUACUUGUGGGAGUGUAUGAACCUACUAAAAGAAAACUAUUGGAGACACUUCCUGAAAAUUUGAGUGCUGUUGCCCAUUUUGUAAGUUAGUACAGAUUUAGCCUUCUGUCGUACUACCAGAUUUCUUAAAACAAUGCUUGUUGGAUGGCUUUGCUGUCUAUACAUGUACCUUUUCAUUUCACCUGCAAACAGAUCCAUAGCAUCUUAUAAGGCUUGCUGAUUGAAUCCAACUGAAAGAGUUCUACAUAUCUAGCUUGAGAAUA